CGGCAGAGCGGAGGAGACAGAUGUGGACAACUGCGGGACACCUCUCCGCUUCCCUGAAUGGUUGCUCCCUGUUUGAUUGAAGGCUGCAGUUUUGGACUCGGGUUAUUAUUUGUGUAAAAAGGAAAAACACAGGAGGCUGAAGGAAGAGGUGAGAGAAAGAAGAGAAGGAAGCUUUGGAGAAAAACAGAAGGAAGAUAUUGCAUUUGCAGUUUCUGUGAGAAACCGGCAGUGAUCGAGUCACCAUGACGACAGAACUGCAGGAAAUUGCCAUCAUGGAGGAGAAGCCUUUACUUCCUGGCCAGCUCGAUCCGACAAAGGAAGCUGAAAUCGCUGCUCGGAUCUUGCUGGAUCACGGGCAGGAACACAGCAUUGAGACUCCCUAUGGCCUGGUCCAUGUGACCAUCCACGGCUCUCCGAAAACCCGUCGCCCAGCCAUUGUCACCUACCACGACGUGGGACUGAACCAUAAGAGCUGCUUCGGCCCGCUCUUCAGAUUCGAGGACAUGCAGGAGAUCACCAAGAACUUCGUGGUGUGCCACAUCGACGCCCCGGGACAGGAGGAGGGGGCGGCAGCCUUCCCAUUCGGCUAUCAGUACCCAUCCAUGGAUCAACUGGCUGAGAUGGUCCCUUGCAUUCUGCAGUACUUCAAUUUCCGCAGUAUAAUUGGAGUGGGCGUGGGAGCAGGAGCCUACAUCCUGUCCAGAUACACACUCACCUUCCCUGACUCUGUGGAGGGUUUGGUUCUCAUCAAUGUAGAUGUCAGUGCCAAGGGCUGGAUGGACUGGGCAGCUGAGAAGUUGACCACCUUAACCUCCUCGCUGACCGAGAAGAUCCUUGGCCAUCUUUUCAGCCAGGAUGAGCUGUACGCUGGCACUGAGCUGGUACAGACAUACAAGGAGAACAUCUCCCAGGCUCCGAACCUCUACAAUAUCGAGCUGUUCUGGAAGAGCUACAACAGCCGCAGGGAUCUGAACAUCGACCGAGGAAGCACUCUGAAGUCUCCAGUCAUGCUGGUGGUUGGAGAUCAAGCCCCUUAUGAAGAUGCUGUGGUGGAGUGCAAUUCUAAAAUGGACCCCACACAGACCUCCUUUCUCAAGAUGGCCGACUCUGGGGGACUCCCUCAGCUCACCCAGCCCAGCAAACUGACUGAAGCCUUCAAGUACUUUGUUCAGGGAAUGGGUUACAUGCCUUCAGCCUGCAUGACACGACUGUCCCGUUCGCGCACCGCCUCUCUCUCCAGCUCCUACUCCAUCGACGGGAACCGCUCCCGCUCCCGCACCCUGUCCCAGGGCAGCGAGCCAGACCAGACAGCCGCGGCACUCCCCCAAACCAUGGAGGUGUCCUGCUAGAGGAGCCGAGGAACCACAGCACUCCGACCAGUCAGCCAGCCAGCCAGCCAGCCAGCCAGCCAUGCUGUCUCCUUCUCUGCCAUCAAGGGCGGUCUGCUGCCUUCACGCAGAGGAGGGAGACUGCAGAUCUACAUCGCUGCUCCAGAGGCAUUUCAAUACGGUGGUUCAUUGAGCACAUGGAGCAGGGAGAGGAGGGAGAGAGAGAGGGAGGGAGGGAGGGAGGAUAAAAUAUCCAGAGAUCACAAGACAACUUCUCUUUUUGACUGUGUUUUUCUUCCAUGCCCUCAAAUAACCACCGUAUUUUAAAGACCAGUGUGAAAUGCUGUGUUGCUGUUUUUAUUUUCCAUUGUUCUCACUGUGUUUGUGAUUUUUACAGUUGACCUGGAUAAUUGUUGGUGCUACAAUGGAUGCACGGGCAGGCAAGUUACACAACAUUACAUGUGAAGCCAACCAACUUAUCUAAAGCUUUUUCUGUGAUUACAGUAAAAAUAGAUUUGAUACCUGGAAAUGUGAAAUCUCAGUUAAUACCUAGCAGGUCACCCAGAAGGCGACUUGAGAAAUCACUGUCAGGCAGGGAUUUUUGUCCCAGUGUAUUGCCCUGAAGAAAGCCUAACUAGUGGAACCAUUUGCAGACUACAAUGGAUUUGGAUCACAUGUAGUAUACAUUAAUGGUCCUGCUAGGAUAGCACGCUACAACAGCACUGCAUUGCAAUGAAUUACCAGCAGUGUGCAAGUGUUUAAACAAUCAAUCCCAUUUCUAAAUGACAGUGUUAGUAUUCUACGAUUUUCUUUCCCUUGUUUACCCCUCUAAACAGAACAAAUGCGCUAGGGUUGUAGUUCCACUGCCUGUGUGUGUCUGCCUGCAUUGCUGCUGGCUAUCAUGUCAGAUUCUUAGUAGGAAAUUAGACUACAACGUGACUAUAAGGAAAACACGAAAGAAAAAUCUGAAAACAUCACUAAUGAUUAUCCAGGUCGGAUUGUAAAUAUUUCACAAAAAGAAAAAUAAUGUAAAAUGUCAUUUUUUGUGCUCUUUUAAUCAAACCCAAGCAAUUUUAUUCUGCGUGAUAAAAUGAUGACUAUCUUGUUUUUAAUCAACUAGAAAUGUGGCACUUGUUUUUUCUUGAGGGAAAACAAAAUUAUACAACAACAUUAUUAUAACAAUAAUAAUGGUAAAUGGAGCAUAGAUCUAGGGUUUGAAUUGUAUCCAACGCAUUAAGGAGAAAUCAGCUAUCACUUCCAUUAUAUUUGAAGUAUUAUUAUUAUUAUAAUUAUUAUAGGGUUCCUAUUGUUGGCCUUGUACCAUUUUUAUACCUGCCGUUACUUUGUGCUCUCCCCGUGGAUGGGCUGAUGUGUCUGUCUGUUUAUUUAAGACCUGAGAUCCAUUUGUAAAAGGUCAUGGGAGUCCUAUAGUGAUAAGAUGCCGGGUUUGCUAUAUAGCUGUGCUAUUGGAGCACUAUGGGAACAGACUGCUUUACUGUAAUACAGUAACACUGCUCUGAGCUUCUGUUGUACUUCAUGGGGUGUCGGUACCAUUCCUGUUUAUGGAAGUGGCUAUAUAUAGGGCUUACAUGUGUAUCAAUCUCCUGGUCUUCCCUUUACACAAGAUGGAUCUCUGCGGGGUAAUGCAGUAUCACUAUCUUCUGAUCUAACCGUGCCUGCCAGGGGAGAACACUGCGGUAUGGGAGUGAGAGACUGUCCUGUGCCAUACUGUGUCGUAACGUGCCAUCUUAUAUAUAAACCCCCCCUUGUGUUUGAGGUCUGUAGAUCAAACUUUGCCAGAGGUGGCCAGCAGAUUUUGGAAGCAGUGUUGAAAAGAUCUGGUUUAAAUCCAAGAAGAAUAGAUGAAUCAGUCCUUUGAUUCCUAGUUUAAACUUUUUAAAGUUUAGUUAAAGGAAUUUCACAGGCACAGUUGUUUACAAGAAAUAUUCAAGAGGCUACAGGAGAAAAAAAAAAAAAAAAGAUUUUGCACACAUCUUAAGGUCUGGGGAAUAUCCAGUGAUUUAUUUUAUGAUCUUUUCACUUAAGUGCCCUUAUUAAAUAUUUUUGAUCACCGUUAGAAGUUGUUUUAACUGCAUAAAGAGUGCAUUGCAUUGUUUAAUCAUAGCCACACCUCAAAAAAGUUACGAACACUUGCAGAGAUGCACUCCCUCACCCCCCUGAGAGAAACCUGGGUUCCUCCUGGGCCUACUUGAGCCUUGGAGACUGAACUGCCUGUUCCCUCACCCCUAAAGCCAUGGAAACAGCCAGUUUGUGGCUUGGAACUGGGUUUCAGGCCACUGCAUAACACGCCAGGGGAGACUUGGGGUUUGGUACAGCAAAGUUGCCUCAAACGAGGUCUCCUGGAACCAGCCUUCAAACCACUUCCUGAAGUAGUGGCUGUGUGUUCCCUCAGCUCAAGAGAAGGGGUGUUCCCUGCUAAAACUGCACUAUGGUUUCAUAAACACAAACACUUAAAAAAAAAAAAUGAGAGAAUGGCAUUUCUAAACUCAAAACCAAAUGUCAGAGCUAACACUAAAGACAAUCCUUAAAAAUAAAUAAAUAAAUAAUUGUAACGGGGAUCAUCAGCAUUCCUUCCAAAACGUGUUGUGCCACUUAGAGUUAAAAAAAAAAAAAAACACAUUGUCUCCUCUCUCUCUUUUUCUCUCUUUCCUGUGCUAUACCUGAUGUCUGUGCGGGAGGGUUAGUGGAGUGAGUGAAGGGUUUUCUACGCCUCUCUCCUUUCUCCAGUGUCGGGCUGUGCAAGAUUGCUAGGAGUUUCUGUGGAAGAUAUAUCUUUUUUUUUUUCUCUAGAAGUAAGUUUCAUCUUUUAGCUUCAUCUGCUAGUUAAUUGCCCCAUCCCUUUUAGCUGGAAAACUACUGGACAGAUGAGCUUUGUUGCAGCUUGAGCAUAGCAUAGGGUUAAGGUUAGCUCUGAUUAGGAAUACCUUUUCAUGUUAAUACUGAUCACAGCAUUUCAGUACCAGGUAAGACCCACUGGGAGUAACUGGAUGGCCAGUAACCUAUGAGACCAGCACCUUCGGUCACGUAUGCAUUUGCUAUAUAAACUUAUUUUUGCUUUGGGGUGUUCCUGUUUUUCAGUAGGGCAAGCUUGAGGCAUACAAACUGGACUACCCUCGCCAAUCUGGGACAGAUUUAAGGCAGGGAGCCUGCACAAUCUUCAGGCAUCACAAAUGAAAAGAUCACUGAUUAAAAGGGCUUGACUUUUUUGCCCCCACUGCUUUAAUGGUGGUCAGAAACUGUUCUGGUUAAGCCUUCUUGUUGGGAUGAACAGAUCGGUAUUCUAGCAGAGAUGUGGGCUGUAGGUUCAUAUUGGGUUGGGGUUUAAAUCAACAGAGAUCUCUUAAAUCUGAAGCUACCGGAACGUCACUAAAUGUGGAUUUUUCCUUAAACAAGAAUUGGUCUGUGUUUGUGUCCACAGUCGUAGCCGGUACACUGUUGCCGUUGUCUUUGUCAGCAUUUUUAGCCUUCUGAAAUUAGUAGUUCGUAAUAUAAGACGUUCCUAAUACUCUUUUCAUUGGAUCAAGAGGACUGCUGAUUGAAUCAGACAGUUGUGUGAGUCAUGUGGUGUAGCUUGCAUAUAAAGACUUCCGGCUCGACUACACCAGGGGUCCUCAAACGCUUUGGACAGCGCCCCCUUCCUCUUGUCUGUGGUACUUGACACCUCCACCCCCCUCCACAUGUACAUAUACCAGUAAAAAAAAAAAAAAAAACUGGACUUGCAGCUGACUUCUCUGUAUUUCACUGCUGUUGUUUUUAUUUUUCUUCUUUUCCGUGAACCAGCCACCGAUCCUUCAUAAUAAGAGCAGACUAAUAUGUAUCAAUGUGCGUGGUACUUAAAAAAAUUAUAAUUUAAAAAAUCCUUUUUACAGAAAGUUGGAAACAUGCCAUUAAGACCCUGUUGUAGUAUGAGAUUCUUGGGGAACACACAGCUACUUUGUGGCUUGGAACUUGGGUUCGGGAGACUAGGUUUCAGGCCACUGCACGGCACACCAGAGGAGGCUUUUGAGUUUGAUACACCCACCUCAGGCUAGGUCUCCUGGAACCAGGCGUCAAGCCGCUGUUGCUGAAAGGUGUCUUUGUGCUUCCUCACCUUUAAAUAAACAUGGCAAUUGUGAUGUUGUACUGUGUGGGGAAACCAUUUCAUCCAAACACAUUUUCAAAAAAAUAGUCGCAAGUUUUCUUGGCAUAAUAGCUGCUGGUAUGGCUGUGUUUAAAAUACGCUUUAACUCUGCAGUAGAGAGGCCUGAUAGAUUGCGUAGAUGAGACCCAGAUAAAGACAAAGCAGAGAAAAUGUUACAGCAGACAAUUGACAACAGAAUGGUACUCAAGCUGUUUAAUGCUGUAAACGACAUCACAUUGCAACCUGUUUUAAAAUUUGCCACUUAUCAGACAUCACAAUAGCUUGGCGAGCAUCUUUCUUUUACCAUAUGACUGAUUAUAUUGUCUAAAUUGUUUUAACUUUUAAAAUCAAAGGAAGGUGGUCCUUUUUGUAUCUUUUGUACGUGUUUCUCUUAUUGUAGCAGAAUUGGGUUCACUAAUAGAUUGAUGUUUUAGCAGCUGUGUACCUUUUUUUAGCAUUAGUUACUAAAACAGUUGACUGUGAUUAAUUAAUCUGUGUAACAUUUAAAAUUAAAAUUGAAAAGAAAUAA